CAAAAAAAACCAAAAACAAACAAUCCCUAGCUACUUUUGCUAUUUAAUAUCCCCAGACAACAACACCCCAGGGAAGAGAAAGAGAAAAAAGAGAAAGAUAGAGAAACCCAUCCAUCCAUCACACAACACAACACAACACAACAACUUGGAUCAGCUCCCCAAAACAUUCAUAAACCCAAAAUGCCUGCUCUUUGUUUCAAUCACUUCUCAUUCCCCUAGAGACCCAGCCAAACAUUCACAGCUCUCUCUCUCUCUCUCUCAUAUUCCAACACAAACAGUUUCUCAGAUAUGCAACCUUGUAGCAGAGAAAUGCAAGGAAUGAACUCCCUCUUAAACGCAACUCAAAUCUCACUCCAAGACCUCCAAAAUCAUCAUCAUCAUCAACAACAACAACAUCAACAUCAACAACAGCCACAACAGAUCCAAAACUCUCAGAUUCAACACCUCCAGAACUCACACUUCGACCCCAACAACACCCACGAUGACUUCUUGGAGCAAAUGUUCUCUACCAUCCCUUCGUGUGCUUGGCCUGAGCUCAACCCCAAAACCCCGUGGGACCUCAAGCCCAGAGACCUCUCCGAAGAAACGCCACCGUCUAACCCUGACAACAAUGUUCCUUACCAGUUCGACCAUGACUCUUCCACCCUCGCUUCCAAGCUCCGUAACCAUCAGAUUUCCGGCGUUACUAAGUCCUCCGCCGCAGCUGCCGCCGCUGCCAUCAUGCUCCAGCAGCAACUCUUCAUGUCUCGCGGUGCCGGCGCCGGAGCCGGCGAGUCUGGUCUGAUUCAGAUGCCGCUUUCUUUGGGUGCCUCCGACGACGUCGUUGAUGGGUCCUCGUCUUUCAAGUCUCCCAAUACGGGAGGUGAGGGUUCGGUUCAAGCUCUGUAUAACGGGUUCACUGGAUCUUUACACGGGCCGGGUCAGACUCCGAACCAGGCUCAGCAUUUUCACCAUCCUCAGGGUGGACAGGUUCAGGGUCAGAACUACGGGGCUCCGAGUGGAGUGAUGAACCAAGGUCCAGCAAGUGGGUCAGCCGGAAGUGCACCGGCUCAACCAAGACAGAGGGUUAGGGCUAGGCGUGGUCAAGCCACUGACCCACAUAGCAUCGCCGAAAGAUUACGGAGGGAGAGAAUUGCAGAGAGAAUGAAAGCCCUGCAGGAACUGGUUCCGAAUGCCAACAAGACAGACAAGGCUUCAAUGCUGGAUGAGAUCAUAGACUACGUGAAAUUCCUCCAGCUUCAAGUCAAGGUUCUGAGCAUGAGUAGAUUGGGCGGUGCAGCUGCUGUUGCUCCCCUUGUUGCUGAUAUGUCUUCUGAGGGUGGCGGUGACUGUAUCCAAGCGGGUGCCAAUAGUGGGGCCCUCGGUCGCAACUCUAACGGCAACCAAACGGCGCCAUCUAACGACAGCCUAACGGUGACGGAGCACCAAGUAGCUAAGCUCAUGGAAGAAGACAUGGGCUCCGCCAUGCAAUACUUACAAGGCAAGGGUCUUUGCCUCAUGCCCAUCUCUCUUGCCACUGCUAUCUCCACGGCCACGUGUCACUCCAGGAACGCCAUGAUCAACAACCACAACAACAACAUUAACAACAACCCACUUCUCCAAUCCAACGGUGAGGGACCAUCCUCGCCAAGCAUGUCCGUGUUGACCGUGCAAUCAGCUACUAUGGGUAACGGCGGCGGUGACGCUUCCGUUAAGGACAACACGUCAGUUUCCAAGCCUUAAAAAUGGCGUUAACUGACUUUUCAACUGCAACAACAAAAAAAAGAAAAAGAAAAAAAAAAAAAGGAUUUUUCAAUGGCAGUCAAAGUCUACGAAAAUAAGGUUUCAGCUACAGAGUGUUCAACGACGCCGUAUUUACGUAGACUUUGGCUAAAGCUAACUUCACCAAGUAUCACCACCUCUUGUUUAUCUUUGUUGGGUUUAGGUUCGUGUUAAUUUUAUUUCCCUUUAUGUUUUUUAUUUUUCCAAUGUAAUUUUGUUUUGUUUUUUUUUUUAAUGUGAUACUGAUUUGGUUCUUCUAUCAUGUUCAAAACGUUAAAUGGAAGCGUUUUCAAUACGAGGCCAUGAUGUUAUUAUGAAAUCAUCAUUAGAGAAUUUAAACUCAUCAAAGUAAUAAUUACGUUUUAAUAUUUUAUGGAUCA